GAAACAGCAGAGCGUUUUGAGUCCGUCCAAACUAGAGGCUAAUCGAACAAGCUAGAAAAACGUAUUUUUCUGGCUCAUUCAGGUAAUUUUACUCGCCCCUAUAACUCAACGAGCCGUCUGAAGACUGUUUCAGCUGUUAGCUCUCUUCUGUGUGGAUUUUAUUGUAGCUAACUGUCACCGUUCUGUCAAGUUAAUCCCUCGGUGUACAUGCUAACGUCAGUGCUAACCGGUGUUACGGAUAAAUUGGCUACCCGUUUGAAUCCGUGACACGUGAGGGAGAGGAGAGGACCGUUACCAGUGUGUUAUGGUGAGGAUGGUGUCCCAGCAGGAUGAUGCCGUGUUGGAGUUGAAGAGACAGCUGGAGGACGAAGAUCUGAACCUGGAGCAGAAGAUCCUCCUGCUGAACUCUGGAUUAAACAAGGUUUUAAACAUGGCGGCGGUACACGCAGAUGGCAGCGUUCUGACUCAUGUGAAGUCUCAGCUCUAUCAGAGCGGCGUUCUGAGUCACUGCGUCCUCAUUCUCAAUCAAGUCCCCAGAGAACUGAAGGGGAGCUGGAGCGCCGCCGCCACACUCGCCCAUAUCACCAGUUCCAGCUGCGUGGGGGUCGACCCCGGGGAACGGUUAGAGACCUUUCAUCAGCUGUUCCUGCCGUCAGUCAUGGAUGGACUCCUGUCAUUGGCCAGUCACAUGAUGAAACAUGCAGAGAGUGCGUCUUCGUUCAGGAAGGUGAUGGACUCGGUCAGCUGGCUGCUCAGUGUGCACACUUGGCUCACACCUCAGGUCCUUAGCUCUGCCCACUAUGAGCAGAUCCAGAUGUGUGAUGACGAGGCGGUGUCGCUGCUCUGCGUUCAGAUGUGGAUCCAGACGUGUUCGACCAGCAGGGACUUUCUCUCCGGGUUGACCAAUGACUCCAUCCUCCUGUUGCUUAACGAGGCUGUUGGCCAAUUAGCCAUUAGCUCUGACCCUGCGGUGGGCGGAGCUUCUGUCAAACUCAUCCUUCUCAUGGCCAGUCAGCAAGAGCAGCGAGUCCUGCCCCUUCUCCUCACCUUCAAAGGUCUUGACAGCCUACUGGACAAAGACUGGAGGGGGCGGGGCUUUGAAAAGGAAGUCAACCAGCUGAUUGCUUUAAUUCAGCCAGACAAACCGACGAGGAGUCGCUCUCAGUCAGAAACUGAGCAUGUACGAGCGGCGUGUGUGAUCCAGGCGGCGUGGAGGGCGUAUCAGACAAGACGUAGAGUAAGGAGCCUAAACAAAGCCGUGAGCACGCUGCAGAGGAAGUACAGGGCUCGGCGGAGGCAGCAGCAGCAGCAGAGGGAGGCUCAGCAGCUGGAGGAAGAGCUAAGGUAUCAGGUGUGUUUGAGGCGUCAGCAGGCGAGGAGGAAGUUUCACCAGAAGCAGAGACAGCUGCUGCAGAUGCUGCCUGCCGACCAGGUACAGCCGUUCCUGCUGGAGUGCGAGCGUCGAGCCGCCGUGGUCAUCCAGAGCUUCUGGAGAGGCUUCAGAGAACGGCGCCACUACCUGGAGACUCACUGCCAUGAACUGAGACGGAUGCAGACGCAGAUGAAGGCGGCGAGGACGCUGCAGAGAGCGGUACGCUGCUUUCUACAGAGACGACGGGCAGCCAAGGCUCCGCCCAUCCCACCAUUCUGGAUUGGUCAGAAGGGUUUGACGGACAGCAGAAGGUUGGAGCUAAAGAGACAAGUAGAGGAGUACAUUGCGUCACAUCCUUCGUCUCGUGCGUCUCUUCAGCAGUGCCAGCGUCUCCACGAAGAGGUGCAGCUGCUGAUCCUGUCUGAGCUGAGGAGGGGGGAGCAGCAGCGGAGGGAUGAGGAGAGGACGGAGGCUCUGCUGGCUCACACUCACACACAGCUGGAGCUGCUCAGAGAUGCUCCAUCCCUCACUGUCGUCACAUCCAAAGAUGCUGAGUCCUUCUUGAGCCCCUCGGGUCCCAUCGCCACUCGUGCCCGUGAUUCCCACAAUGCAAUGCUGCAGGCGAGCAGGCUGCCCUGGUGGAGGACUCUGGGAGAGAACGCUGCUACGGACACUUUUAACCAUGGCCACCUUCAGGAACUGGAGGCGGAGCUUGGAGGACUGUUUGUAGGGGGGACGGCGAGAAUCGGAGAACUUUCUGAGGUGGACGGACUCAACCUGUAAAAUUAAGACUUUUUAAACGGAUCAAUUUAAGAAUAAAACCCAGCUGGUAAUGGUCAAAUUAACUUUUUUCAAAAGUUGCUGACUACUAUGGCCGACUAUUUGGCAAAAAUGGAGGGACAGACCCCCAACAUCCCUAGCUUCACUAACAUUCCAAACUUUGCAUUUGAUGAUGUCAUCCUUUAAAUUUUAGGUUAUUCCAUCCUUGACUUUAUGGAUGAUGUCCACCCUAUAAAGCUCAUAAAACAUUCCUGCAUACCAUUAAAGUAGAUGUUGCCAUUUACCAGUCAUCAAACAUUCCAUCCUUGCCUCAACGAUGAUGUCAUCUCUUAAAGCUUGGAUCUGCUCUUCUUUAGAGGAGGAAGCAAAGUGAUGGAGGAUAAUUAAGAUCUGGCAUUACCUUUAACUGGUUUAAUCCGGCUGAUAAAUGUUCAGGGAAUGUUCCAGAUCUUUAUUGUCAUGACUCAGAUUGGGUUUUACAGAACAUUUAUUAUAAAGAGGAAAUCUUUUCUUGUUUUAGAAUAAACAGCACAUGCAGUGUCACAGUAGGUCUGAAAUAUAGUUUUAAUCUGUGAAAAAGAUAAAACAUUCUGUAAUAAAGUAACGGAUUUAUAAUAUAAUGUUCUGACUGUCC